AUGAUCAACUUUCUAUUCACGUUAGUCUCAUUCUACGCCGCGGUGGUGUACCCGAUGUACGCUUCGAUGAAAGCCAUCGAUCGUAAAAGACCGGACGACGACGUCUUGUGGUUGACCUAUUGGAUUGUCUACAUCUCCGUCUUAAUGGGAGAAUUUGUAAAAUUGUGUUUGAUUUACUACUUGAUCUCCCCGCGUUUCAAAGGCGCGGUGACUUUGUACAAGAGCGGCAUCGCUCCGAUAUUUAGAAAGUUGAGUCCGUCCAUCGAUAAGACGGGUGAUUUGAUCAUGAAGGGUGAUUUCCAAGCCGUGCGCAAAGAACUCGGUCCGCAAUUGAAGGAAUUGCAAUCGUUCGUGCAAAAAGAUGGUCCGGAAGCGGUGAACAGAUUACUUUCAAAGGUGAAGAGUACGAAACCGUCGGCUGGAGGAGGAUCGAGCGACGACGCAGCAAAAGAGAAUUAG